GGAAGUGAUCGCAAAGGUCGUGAGCGAUCAUCUCGAGAAGAAAGGACAAGUGUUCUCGCUGACAAACGAAGUUCUGAUCUCGAGCAUAAUCGACUUCGAUGAAAAUGGGGCCGACGACAGGAAAAAGGACGGGGUCGAAGAUCCGUCGAAACAAGAGAGCUUGGUGUCUCUGAUCGCCGAACUUCGCUUGAAAGAAGAUGCCGAAGACGAACGCCCGGAACGAAAAGAAGAGGAAGAAGGAGUUCGUGCGCCCGUCGAAAGCUAUACGAACAAAGUACGCGUCGGCGACGACGACGACGACGACGAGAAAUCUCGCGGAGAUCUAUUGAGGGAACUUACCGUUCUCAAGGACGAGAUGUCGUGCAAGGUGUGCAUGGAUCGCGAUUCGAACGUCCUCCUGACUCCGUGCAACCAUCUCGUCUGCUGCGACUCGUGUUCCGUCAGGUUAGCGUCCUGUCCGAUCUGUCGUACAAAAGUCGGUGAAGUCGUCAAAGUUUACCACAGUUAG